UAAAAUAAACUACUGACAGACUAGGAUAAAGGAUAGGACAUUUAACACCACAUAAUUCUGUUACUGUAUACUGCACUCCUCUGUUUGGUUGGAGUCUGACCACAGGAUGAGUGCUGGACGUCCAUCUGAGGGGGCAGGCUGCAUCACCUGGUGGGGCUUCAGUCCUGCCCGGGACCUGCUGAGCACAGGUCCUGUUCGACCUGAAGGAGAAGUUAAUAUUUUACUCGUUGGCAGUGGGGAUCCACGACAUAUUCUGAAGACCACUGCUGGUUUGCAGGAUAAAGACAGCCUUCAUGUGUGGGUGAUAGAAAACAGCAUGGAGGUAGUGGCGAGACAGCUGCUGCUCCUCUACCUGACACUGACGCCUCAGGAAAGCAUGGGACUAAACGAGAAGACAGAGGUUUUCCUGGAGGUGUUUGGGAAUAGUGAAGUCCGUAGUCAGACAGCGGACACACUUGGAUGUGUAGCAUCACAGCUGUCUAUGUCCGUCACUGAAACACUGGAUACAGCUACACAUCCCUGUCUGGACACGACUCUACUCAAGUUCAGGGAACGAGACGAGCUGCUGAGGAUAUUCAAGCGGUGGAUGCAGCCUCAUUCUUCAUCAUCAUCAUCAGGAUGUUCUGCUCCUAUCCUCAUGUCUAAGGCCUGGGAUUAUCGGGUCAGGCAGCACCUUGGAACACGCUAUGACUCCAAGAAAGGCUGCUUCGACUGGGACAUAACCAUGAAGCUGCAUGAGAAAGGGUGUCGUGUCAUUAACAAACAACAGUAUUUCCAGUGGAGGGAACAGGGUGUGGCCUUCGAAAUGAGAGAGGGCGUCUAUCAAACAACUAAUCCAACUCUGCUCUCCUCAAGAGUGUUCAGCCAGAAGGGGAACAAAGUAGCAGUGACAGGCUACUGGGGAGACAUUGUGUCCAGUCCUUACCUCUCAUUUGGCAUCGAAACUGAUGAUGAAAGUCUGCUAGAGACACAAAAUGGGCAACAUAUAAAGACAGCACAGGACAUCUCUAUCUCCAAUGUGCAGGCACUGUUCCAGUCCCUGUACAGUAGACAAGGCUGCUCUAUUACUGCUCAGUCUAAUGUAGAGGCAGAGGGUUCCAAAGAAUGUGACCCAAAGUCCAUUACCCUAAAUGAUCUGAUGAAUCUAAAUGGGAUUUCUGUAACCUUCCUGCCUUUAGACUCACUUAACAAACUGCCAGAAAAACAGAAAUACUCCCACUUCUUCAACGCCGUCUACUUCUCUGUCAGCUGUGUGCACCAGUUGGGCCCGAUGUUGAGACAGAUUGCAGCACCAGACGCCGUGCUUAUCGUCGAGUUGGCCAAAUUCCUUUUGGAUCUGAACACGGAGCAAGAAAAAGGCUUUGCAAAGAGAGUGGUGGACAUUGCCCAAGAGGCUGGAUUUGAACCAUGGCAUGAGGCAAAGUGUGAUGACGUCCAUGUUGUUUUCAUACCACAGAGGAAGUGAAAGUCUUUAAUCUGGACAAGGUACCGGAUAAUAGAUUUAAACAUUUCCUCCAAUAAGGACAUGAGUCAUACGAUAAGUAACAAGAUGCAAAUCCCAGGUUCACUCUCACUGGCGCAGAAGGAUCUUUAUGACUUCGAAAACAUUUGUCCAUGACACAGGUUGUCAGCUCUGUUUUCUUUGUAUUUGCAUUUUCAUAAUUACAAUUGUAAAACAUAUAUAUUUAAUAAAUGUCACACAAAAAAUCUACUUUUUAUUAACACAAGUUAUGAAUUUUGUUGCAUUGUCGCUAUAUUUGCCUAAAACCAGUCAAGUGUCCUCUUGUUCCUUCCUGUAUGGGUGUUUACUUCCAGCGCCCUCCAACCUUUCCCUUUCCAUGGACCUUUUUGCUGCAGCAAAACAAGGAAAGAUGUGUGAAUGUGAAAAAUUGUAAGCCAGGUAAUAGAUGUAUGAACCCACAUACAGUGAAUGGGUGUUUGUUUUAGACCGGAGCUCGGUAUUUUCUGUAAAUGUUUGAAUGCUGCCAUCCAAGUGUGGUGUGUUUGCAUAGUCAAUGCAAAGUUAUUCUCAACAGUGGGUUUUUUUUGUUUUUUUUUCAUUAAAACAGGGCGGAGAUGGUGUCAUGGUGUACAUUCACUCACAAUUUCUGAGCGUGUUGGAUUCUGUUCAGAAGGACAUUUAUCUGUAAAAAAAAAAAAAAAAAGGAAAUGCAGGGUCAAA